CAGUCCACCCCCGGCACAGCAGCCCACCAGAUCGCCUUUUGUCUCUGGAAUGGGGAGCCCCCCCGAGCCAAAGCCGACUUGGCCCGCCAGUGGCAGAUCUGGCUUUCCCCCUUUCAGCGUGCAGCCAUCAGUAUUACGAAGAGCAGGAAAAAUUCGACGAAGAGAUGGAAAGACGUAAGAUCCGCCACCAGCUUGCCAGCCGCACAAAGCCUGCCAUUCCUCUUCCGGCCAGCAAGCCGAUGAGUAAACAGGUGGAUUCGGGACAGAACUCCAGGAGGCCACCAGUUCAGAAACCCCACACAGGGGAUUUGGACGAGCUCCGCCGCCUGCGCGCCAAGGUGAAAGCCUCUGUUGAGCGCACUAAGAAGCCCGCAGGCAAGCAGGACAAACCCUUGGGAAAGAAACAGGUGGUUUCGGGACAGAACUCCAGGAGGCCACCAGUUCAGCGACCCCACACAGGGGAUUCGGAUGAGCUCUGCCAUCAGCUCUCCAAGCUCGCCAUCUCCCCUGCCGGCAGCAGGACAGUGGCCAUGCCACCCACGGGAGGCACCCCCUUGGCAAGGCUCUGCCAUCAGCUCUCCAAGCUCGCCAUCUCCCCUGCCGGCAGCAGGACAGUGGCCAUGCCACCCACGGAAGGCACCCCCUUGGCAAGGAUCGGCCACCAGCUGCCCAAGAGGACGCUGUCUGCCACCAGCCAAAUGAAUCCGGCCGUGCCUCCUCAGGGCAGCAAGCGGGCCAGGCUGUUGGAGAGGCUCUCCAAGCGGAGGCUCUCCGCCACCAGCGGCCCGCAGCCCGCCGUCUCUCUCCCGGAGCUCAAAGGAGCCAGGCCAGACUCAAGGGAAGGCCACCGAGCAGUGGAACGGGCCCAGUCCACCCCCGGCACAGCAGCCCACCAGAUCGCCUUUUGUCUCUGGAAUGGGGAGCCCCCCCGAGCCAAAGCCGACUUGGCCCGCCAGUGGCAGAGCCGGCUUUCCCCCUUUCAGCGUGCAGCCAUCAGGUGGGAGUGCUGGGAGGAGCCGGAGCAGCAGCCACUCAAGCCCAGGGCUGGCCCAAGAUGCGGCUGCCCAGCCUGGUCCCCACCCCGUUUGGGCUCAGGCCGAAGCACGUGGACCCGCCCCGGUCUUUGCUCCGCCAGCGGCGAGACUGCUUCUAGACCCAGGCCUUCCAAGUGGGUGGCUGAGGGAGCCCUGCCCUCCCCUCAGCCUGACCGACAGGCUUUGGGAAAGGAGUGCCGAGCCCCCCCCCGAAUUAAGAGGGGCAGCCCAACCCAUGACUUGGAGGGGAGACUCUGGAGUCACGCUGCCCAGACGCAAGCCCCAGGAGGGGGUCGGCCUUUCUCCUAACGGCGGCCCUCCCACUGGUGUGUCCAGUCAGAGGGGUCUCGCGGCAUGCCCCCCAUCUCAGUGGGUGCCUCAGCUGAAGGAGCGGGGCACCGGUCUCCAAAGGUGGGGAGCGCCUGGCCCCGUGUGAGACGGGUGGGGGGGGAAGUGCCUCCCCAAUGCAGAUUCAUCCACUCCCUUUUCUUUCAAACGGACCUGGAGAAAUCCGAAGAGCACAUCGAGAGACGUAAGGAGGCUUCCAGAAGGAUAUCUGACGCCUCCAGGGAUGUCCCGAGAGACGGGGACGGCUCUCGGGGAUCUGGCGCCCAGAUGCAACACUCUGUUGAGCGCCCUUAUUUC